UCUACUUUUAGGGGAGGGUCUGGUCUGUGUUUUUACGGUUCCCAGUACGACAUGUUUGCAUCGCAUGGUAGCACAGGUGCAGACCUACCCUACCACAUCCCUCUGAUGGGUAGGGUGGCGUGGUCUUGGGAGGAGUGCAGGUCACUGAGAUCCCCAAGGCAAGUUUGGUGGACUAUCCUUCUCGAGGUUGCCGACCCCGUUUUUGGUCUAUUACCCUAUGUAAUAGACGCAACUGAAACCACCAAGCGAUUAAUUGCAGGGAUGGAGAGGUCAUGUCCUUGCAAGUUCAUCAUCCAAAAAGAUAGGAUGGUGGACAGUAAAUGACCUCCCGCGUGUUUGCGCCGUGUGCGGGGACCCGUACGGGGGGAUGAAGGAGUCCUGGGGGUUGAGUGUGACAGUGCGCCGGGAACAGUUGUGCGCUGCACACAACACGCCUCUUUGGUCUGGAUUUCUCCUCACACGGGAGGCCAUGGACUAGCUACCUGUGGUCAACCGGCUGCGGUAUCCCAUAAGCGGGCUACCAAGCGAGAGUCGGGGUGUGGGGGGGGGGCCGUCGGCGAGGCUCGGGACUCGGGGUGAGUUUGCGUCAUCGUCUCGUGAUGCGAACAGCUCCGUACUUCCUGGCAGCGUGCGGACGCGUCUGCCUUCCUACGCACUGGCUCUAUACCGGAGGAGUAGCUCUGGCGUUUGCUUGCUGAGCAAGUGACGCCCCCGACUGAGGACUCCGUGGCGGGUGGAGAGCUCUGACGGUGAAUUUAUUACCUAACACCUCAUGGACAAAGAGGCUUCAAAAACAAAUAAACAGAACAAAAACAAGGCCACAUCUAAGGAUGUGGAAUCUAACAAACAACACAGGGUUGCGUCUCAGGACGGGUCACGGUGCAAGGCGCCAGUGACACGACACUUUGAUGCCCCUGUUUCUCACAAGGAUGCGCCAAUCCCGGCAGCGUCCAGUGAAUCGAAGGAAAGGGAAUCGACUGGGGACAAGCCAAACCGGGCUGCACCCAGGACCGUACCCAAUCCAACAGAAACGACAAAACCACUGCACAGGGAAGCGUCCUCCGUCGCGGCUAGGUUAACUGCGUCGGUUGAGCCAAAGGAGGUCACUCUGGAUGAUGCGGCAGUACUGUAUGCGUCUGAAGGUGUGACAUCCACGGUUAGACCGAUGCGGAAUACCGUGUCAGAGACGGUGAAUGUACCCGGUGCAGCGUCCUCAACCAUGGACAUGACGGCCCUGAAAACCGCAAUACAGGAACCGACCAUGACUAUGGUUUUGAGCUCAUCAAAGAGGCGACGGCUCAACAGGGUCAGAAGGGCGGCAGAACGGCAGGAGCUGUUAGCUGCUGCUCAAGGACCUCCUGUUAACCCAAAACCAGCCCCUGGAGCUAGCAGAGCAACAGGUGGCAGGAGAUGGGAACCGAAGCCGACGGCGUCGAAUGCCGCGCUAAGGCCUGACGGCUCCAAGUGCAGCACGAGACCCGAAAACAGUAAAAAACCGAAAACCAACGAACGAGAGAAGGGCCAGAAACGUGUACGGCCUGAGGACUCAGUUACACCGACUGGGGAAAGGAAAAGGGUAAAACCUAACCGACCUCGAACGGUGGGAGGGACCUCGGCCAGCUACGCGGAAGCGGCGGCAGCAUACAAAACGAAUGAGUUCUGUGUUGCUGUAAUGACCGAGCCCUUCCUCGACAUGACCCAAGAACAGGCGGAAGCCAUCCGCCUACAAAUCCAAGGUAAGCUGCAUGACGAGUUAUUGGCGGAUUUUGCAGCUCCUCUAACAGAAGAAACGAAAGACAUCAGGUUCCGGGGCAAAGCCCACUUCGCAGAUGGCGUCCUGAAAAUGUGGUGCGAGGACGCCUACGCGUUGAGGUGGCUGACCAGUACCUGCGAUGCCAUCACCAACCCUAUAACAGACACCAAGCUGGUAGUUAGGCCUCAGUCAGCAAUCCCCAGCAAGGUUCCAUGCUUACUUCACGUCCCAGAUUAUUCUGACAGCACGGAGAACCUGAUGAGACUGAUUUUGAGGCAGAACCGCCACUACAACAUCAGAUCGUGGACCCUGACGCACGAGCGGAGAACGAAGGACCCGACAGGCGUCUCUCUCUUCUUCCGUGUGCCAGAGUCCGAGAUCGUAACGAUCAAGAAACAAGACAGGCGUGUUUACUAUCUGCUGGGGAACAUUUACAUCCGCAUCCUGGAUAAGGAUGAACCAUCGCAGGUGGCUGACGCCCCGCCUCAAGCCAUUUCCAGCACAUCGGGGACGGUGACACCGAGGCCAACGCCUUCCACGUCACUGACGGAGAAGGCUGCGGACGGCCGAGCGACCAAGACUCACGUUCCCAUGGAGACGGCACAACUAACAUCGGAUGAGGAGUUAUUUCAGGAGACCGGGGGGAGUGAACUCAGCGACAGCUGUCUGCGCUCCUCCCCUCCGCCGAACUGACCUCAUUCACGCCAACCUCCAGCAUAGUCAAACAGCGUCGGCUUCCCUGCGCAGACUGCUGGAGACCAACCCCAAGACCAUCGCCGCGAUCCAGGAGCCGUGGAUCCGGAAUGGCAAGAUAUGCGGCCUGGGUAACACCGGUGGUAAAACCUUACUGGACACCCGCGGACCUCACAGUUGUUAGGUUACCCAGGAACGAGCUUCCAGACAUUGUCCUGGCGUCAGCCUACCUACCUGGCGACGAGGACGUGCCCACUCCGGAACUCGGUCUUCUAGCCGACUACUGCGAGAGGGAACAACUGGAGCUCAUCAUAGCAGCAGACUCCAAUGCACAUCACAAGCUAUGGGGUAAUGCUAAUACCAACGCUCGAGGUGAGAAUAUGCUUAAUU